AAGUACUUGCAAGUAGAAUGCCAAAACAAUCCGGUGGACUCCACGCUGCACAGAAGUGAGCAACGAAAUACAAUUAAAAGCACAUUUACAAUGAAAUCAGACCUGGAGCGGAAAGAGAAUUUAACAGUCAAUGUAUUAAAUAAAUUUUAAGAAGCGGACUUGUUGAAUGUUACAGAGUCGUUUAAGUGAUACGAUCUUUCAUAUACUUGGAGAAAUUGCCUGGUCUAGCGAUAACAUUUUGGUCUGUACAACAGUCUGAAGCCUUGUUAAACAGAGGAAAUGUCGAUUUUCCCACGAAUUUCCCUGAAGCCUGAAGUGACUGAAUAUCUUAAGAGUGUCUUCUUAAACAAGGAGGUUUUAACGGCGGUGGGUCAUCAGGAGGCAGAGCAUCGUUUCAACAAGCUGCUCUCAUGUCUGUCUCACCCACCUUCAUACACCUGCGUACGAGCCAGCACCCAUCUCGCCCCCCUUGAGGAGAUCAGGCAGCAGCUGGCAGAAGAGCUGAGGAAGCAGCUGAUGUGCAGCUCGUCAGCAGAGGAAGUCUCUGUGCAGAUUCUGCCACACCCACGAAUUGCAGAUGUGCUGAUCCUUCCUGUUGAAGGUCCGAGACCUGUGAAGCAGCUCGGCUCAGAGGUGGUGGUGGGCGCUCAGUGUGGCGGCGCCGUACUGAGAGGCGCUCACGUCUUUGCCCCGGGGAUCCUCGGCAGCCCCAAAUACAUGAAGGCGGGGGAUUUGGUGUCCGUCUUCUCUGACCUGGAGGGCAAGUGCACCCGAGGAGCCACCAGCUUCCGGGGGAAGAAGGUAUUUGUGGGUAAUGGAGUAGCCGAAAUGGACCGCUCCACUAUCUUCUGCACAGAUGAGCCUGCCAGAGGUAUCGGUAUCCGAAUGGUGGAGCCGCUUUACAGAAGUCCGUCCUUUGAUGGUGUCUUACCUAGCCUAGCGUUCCUGCAGAACCUCCCGUCUGUGGUUGUGGGACACGUGCUCGGACCUCGCCCUGGGGAGCGCAUCCUGGAUAUGUGCGCUGCGCCUGGAGGGAAGACCUGCCACAUUGCUGCGCUCAUGGGAGAUCAGGGAGAGGUCGUAGCCUUGGACAGGAUCCGGAAUAAGAUCGACCGCAUUCGUCAAAAUGCACAAAUGUUGCAUUUGCAAAGCGUGAAGGCGCACUGCUUUAACAGCACUCUGUCUGUGAGCAGUGACCCAGCACAGGAAACUGAAGGACCUCCGUUCCCUCCGGAGAGUUUCGACCGGGUUCUGCUCGAUGCUCCCUGCAGCGGCCUCGGACAGAGACCCAACAUGGGCAGCACCUGGAGCCUCAAAGAGAUCUGCUCCUACCAGCCACUGCAGCGCAAGUUAUUUCAUGCUGCGGUGCGGCUGCUGAAGAAAGGUGGUGUUUUGGUGUACAGCACCUGCACAGUGACUCUAGCAGAGAAUGAGGAGCAGGUAGCUUGGGCCCUUGACACCUUCCCCUGCCUCUCACUUGUGCCACAGGAGCCCCACAUCGGUGCUGAAGGCAUGCCUGGAGCCGGCCUUCCACCUGAGCAGCUGCGCCUCCUCCAGAGGUUCAGUCCCGAGCUGAGCUGGGAGCAGACGGAAAUUACAGCCCCGCUCCCCUGCAGAGCCGACAGCGACACUAUCGGCUUCUUUAUCGCUAAGUUCCUGAAAAACUAACCCGAGGGCUCGCGCUCUCGCACGGGGCUCAUAUGAGACAGCAAAACGGGAACAAUAGUGUUUAUAUUACGACACUCUGUGUGCUUUGACGGGCCAGUGUUGACAAAGAGCUCCCUGCGCUGUUUACAGCAUCUGCCUCUUAACAGCUGCUCUCUAAAACCGUGGGCCAUAUAGGGAUAAGCUUUAUAAACACCAGGGGAGGGUUGGAUGGAAGAGGGUGGUGGUUGGGGGGCACGUGGCGACGGAGUCUGGAUGAGUAACGGCAAAUGCAGCAGGAGCAGCGCUGCGGUUGCUAUAACAACAGUGACGACACAGCUGCCAUGGUGACGGAUUCGCUGGAGAAUGGAUCAGGAAGUAGGUGUAGAAAGAGGCCAUGAGAGGAAUUAACAAUUUAGUGUCUUUGCAGCGCUGGAGACGACUGGGACAUUUAAUUAGGACUUCUGGAGCCUGCAGGAAAGAGGAGACGCUUGUGUUUGGCUCAGUCUCUGCAUUCAUCAGAAGGAAAUGUUGCUCAGUUUUUCAGAAUAAGAGCACAUUUAAAGGGAGGCUGUUUCUGUUUUUGGAAGUGGUUAAGAGUAAAGAUGUGAGAUGAAAAAGAGAUGUUAUUAAAAUGAUGACUUCCAGGAUAUUUAGACCUUUUUUUAAUUUGUUUUUUACUAAUAAAAUAAGAGUUAAUUUAGAUAAUUCCUUAAAAACAAAAUGCCAAAAUAGUCCAGAGGUUUUUUCAUGAUGGUAGGGUUUACUCCUAGAAGACCUUUGCAUAUGAUCUCAAACCAUUUGUCAAUUGUUGUCUAAAUUCCUUUUAACUAAUUGUAUUUAGCAGAGAUUAAAAAGAAUUUUAGCUAAUUUUUUUUCCUUUUUCUCUUUUGUUAUUUAUUCCUUUUUAUGCAAGCAAAACACAAAUCGUCUUAUAUUUGAACAUUUAGUCAACACAUCCCAGACAAACGUCACGCACUGACAUUUGAAAAAAUACCGCCACCCCUCAUUUCUUUAUAUUUUGCUAGAAAAACAGGCGCAUAGAAUAUUACUAUACAGGACAAAAAACUGCUAAAGAGCUUGAUAGUCAAUAUUUGUUAGUACCAUUCUUCAACACAGUCUGAGUUUUCUUAGGCAAGCUUUCCUGUAAUUUCCUCAAGUAGUCUUCAGGAAUAAUUUUCUGGGCUUCAGAGCUCUGCUUUGGAUGUUUGCUGCUUGUGUUUCAUUCUCUGUAAGAUCAUCCCAAACUGCUUCAUUGAUGUUGAGGUCUGGGCCAUGACUGAUAGUGUUCCAUUGUGUCUUUUAUCCAGGUAUUUUUUUUAUUGCAUUGGUAAUAAUUUGGAUGCAUUGCUCAAUCAGACCUGUUACCACUGAUUUUAAGCUAAGUUCUUGCAUAACUUGGCAUACCUCAAAUUAAAUGUUCUCCCUGUUUGCUUUCCUAAUCAUUGGCUUCUUGACAGCCAUCGAUUGUUUUUGCCUAAAUAUGCAAUUUAGUUGCUUCUUUUCUCUGUUGUAUGUUGUACAACACUGGCUCUUCUCUUCAGUUAGGUGCCUUUUGUGCUUAAAUUACUAAUUAAAAUGGUUUGUUAGACAGAAAAGGCUUAAAAUGUUACAGAAACAUCUGGCACUUUUUCAUAUUCAUUAGAAUAUUUGGGGUCUAGAUAUUUGGUGCGAUGAAAAUCGACAUUCAAUGGCAUCUUAUUUCUCUGUGUGAUCUUAUGAUCUUCAAUUUUUCAAAGCUUUCUGAUGUUCCCAUAAUGAAAGGCUUGGUAAAAUAAUUGAUUCUCCACUUCCACUUCAUAUCUGCUCACACACAUUAUAGUGUGUUACAUAUUGCUACAUGUUCAUACGUGCUUAUGGUUGCCAAAUAUAGGAACUAAUUUAUUCAGUGCAAAUUUAAAAUGGAUGUCCAAUAAAUCCGCAGCCUGUGUGCAAUUUAUAGAUCCGUGCCAGCAGUGCACCGACAUCUGUCCCGUUCUUCUGACACGCAGUAUUUUGAGGACCUUCACUAUGACCUCAGCUCAAUCCCCUUUCCUGGGAAUAACAUCAGACUCUUAUCAGUCCACGCACACAUCUGUCUGCGCUGCACUUCACCUCCCUGCAUCUAAGCUGCAUGUGAGUGCGGACUGGCUGCACCACUGAAGAUUUGUUUUUCCCCGAUUUCACAUUAAAAUUCAAGAUCAAAUAUGCCUCAUCUCCGAGUUUGUCUGUUAUGAAGGCAGCUGUGAGUGUGUGUGGAGGCAGCUUCCUAUAUUAGAAUCAUCCCCUCAGCAUUGUCAUUCAUGUCGGGGUUGUCAUGACGACUCGGGAGGCAGGCCGGUGAGUCUACCUCAAUUUUUCAGUGGAGUUUCAGAUGACUAUUUAUAGACGCACCGUUUCCCUCCUCUGUCUGGGUCUUCUGCUGACACAAACAUCAAAACGGUCUCCCACUGCGUCAGUCGUUUGUUUCCAACUUUAUUCUUCGUAUUUAUGCAAUAUGUACACAUGUACACUGUUAUAAAAUCUGUAGUGCUACCAAUGUAGCAUAGAAAUGGACGAGUUUUUAUAAUUACAAUUAUCAGGCAAAAAAAAACAUUUUAAAAAAAAGGUGAGGAGAUGGUGUGUAAACAGAGGGCCAGAGUGCACGGACUCAAAGAUCAACUAAAGUCUAUUCAGGUUUUGAUGAUGUUGUUGACUCAGGCAUAUAGAGCAGGUAAAAUAUCCCCAAAUCCAUUAACCAGAUCCUGUAUUUUAAUCAGAAGAGUGAAAAGAGGGCAAAAACUUAAAGGCAAUAUUUAUCUGGUAAACACUUGGAAUUAUUUUUGUUUCUUUGGAAUUUCAGAAAUACCCACACUGAACAACAUAUCCUAAAAUUAGCAUUGUUUGUACUAAGAAAUCAAAGUAGGACUUAAAUGGAAUUCAUUAGAAAAGGGGUCAGGAUUAAUCCAAGAUGAAUCAUCAGGACCUACGAUUUGGUGGGAAUGUUAUAUCAAAUCCCUUUCACUUGAAACCAAUGUGAAAAAGCCUGUUCCAAUGUUAUAAAAUGUUUCUGGACCCAUACAAAGAACAGUACUGCAUGUGUUGAGAGGAAGUUACUGGAGAACUCUUUGUCUGUCUUGUAAGGCAAGACUAAGGUGCGCCUGCAAGAAGGCAUGAAUAUGUUAAAACGUAACAUCUAAAACCCGUGGAAUCAAAAAAAGAAACUAAGCAGUAAGUGAUGAACAUAAAACGAGCAGUUUGACACUUUGGGAAAUACGCUGUUAGAGUUAGAGCGAUACCACUCUCAUAUACGAAUCCCCCUCCCCCAGUAAUGCCACAACCUGUUAUUUGUAGGUUUGUACAGAUUUCACCAACACAAAAUGGUAAUUGUUGAGCUUUUAGAGGUGCUGGUAGGUGGUUUUUACCUUCAGAGAAACUGUUCACAUGAG